AUGGUGCAUCAAGGCGAGGAAGCUCCUUGUACCUACAAUGUUAGUGCUCUGCUCGAGGCCUCUUUUCGUGGUGAUGUGGAUGGCAUGAAGGCUAUACUAGCUGCUAACCCCACUAUGACGGUCAACGAUCAGGACUACGACAACCGCUCGCCUCUGCACUUGGCAGCUGCGGGGGGUCGAAUUGAGGCGGUGAAAUUUCUCAUUGAAAGCGGUGCCGUCCUGAAGACUGAUCGCUUUGGUAUGCUACCGCUCCACGAUGCUGUCAUGAACGAUCAUCCGGAUAUUUGCGAUAUGCUGGCUGGUCUGGAUCUGUUCGAUGCUGAUGGCAUGUGUUAUCUAUCCCCCUCCCAGCUGGAGCUCCUGAAGGAUCAACUGGGCUCUUACAGCGCUGAGAUCAGCUUGACGGUUGAGGAGUUGGAGGCAAAAAUGAAGGAGAUUUUUGGUAUUAUUCUCAAGGAAGGUGUUUUCGCGGCGAGAAGAUUGUGGAUAGAGAUUCAGUACUAUUUUAUUGACCUCGGUUUGCAUCCUAAGUAUUUCAAGGACUUCACCAGCGCCCAAAUCGCCAGGCAUAUACAUAGUCUGCUGGCGGCCCGGAAGAUUGCCCAAACUACCAAGUCCGACUUCAUCCACUUCGAGAUCGAGGAACCCGAGUCGGCGUUUUUCCUGGCUACGUUGGAUCCGAGCAGGGUAUGGGAGACUGAGCGCAAGGUUGUGAACUACAUCUCCCAUUUCCGCAGUGAUGAUGCCGUCUCUAUGGUUUUCAUGCGCUCCGGUAAGUCGCCGAAUCAAGAUGAUGGAGGUAUGCCUCUGGGAAUCUUCAUUGUGAACAAGACACAUUUCCAGCCUGGAGUCAUCGAGUCGAAGGGCGUAGCUGAUGAGGAAAAUAUAAAGGUGGUGGCGAGCGAGAGGUUCCUCCAAUCUAAGACUGAGGAGAAUCAGCAGUUCUACCAGUCGCUGGUGCAUGAGACCAUGGCCACUCGGAAUGCGGUCGUGAGAAUUAUCGAACCGCCCUCGCACAUGGUCACCAAGGCUGGAGCCAAGAUAGUUCAGUUCGCCGCCUACGAUGCUGAGCGCAGAGGCAGGGUUUACCUACUAGAAGUGAAUGAGUGCCUGAGAUCUCACGAUGUUAUGCCCAAGAGAAUGUACGUCGAGAGCUUCGCUAACGGCAUCGUCACCUACCACAUGUACUUCGACCCGGUCUCUACCGUGGACGACCUCGAGAAGUUGGCGCAGACGCUGCGUUAUGCUAGCCACUUUAAGCACAGUCCGAAAAAGUCGGCGCUGGUUUGGGAUUUGGUGUUGAAAAAUGAGAUUACGCCGGAGCAUGCCAUCUAUCUCAUCUCGGCCGCCAAGUUCGUCUUUUCGUUUUUCCCCAAGGAGACUCACGAGUACCUGGACUUGGUCGAAUUCUUCAAGUCCAAUCAAGCUAUGAAGAGCAAGCUGGACGAGAUGUUUUUGCAGACUAUGUCCAACUCCAUCACUUAUGAGCGCAUCUACGACGCGCUAUCAACUCAUUAUGCUCUUACUUUACCGAUGUUUGAAGAUUUCAGCAAGAUCGCCACGGGUGAAUGCAAACCCUUCCACAACGAUGAGUUGGAGAGAAGAAUCGACGAGGAAGUCUGGUCAAGGUUUGACGGGAAGAUCCUGAAGACUCUUCUUAAGCUCAACGCCCAUCUGCAAAUGACCAACUUCUUCAAGGCUGGCACUGCUGCUGCCAUCGCCAUGAGGUUUGACGGCCGAGUCGUGUCUGACCGUCCCAAGAGUCUAUUCCCGGUUAUUCCGCAUGCAGUGUAUUUGAUUGUUGGCCGCAAUUUUUACGGUUUUCAUAUAAGAUUUCGCGACAUCGCCCGUGGUGGAAUCAGAAUGAUAUUGUCGAGGAACCGGCAAGUCUACAGUAAGAACUGUGCCACUUUGCUCGAGGAAAACUACAAUCUGGCUUUGACGCAGCAGCUGAAGAACAAGGAUAUUCCCGAGGGCGGGUCUAAGGGGACCAUACUGCUAGACUUGGACGACCAACAUCUGCAGACGAGCGGGAGAGAUGCCUUCAAUAAGUACAUCGAUGCUCUGUUGGACUGCAUGAUGUGUGAGGAGACUGGUCUGGCAUCGCACUUGUCGAGGGAAGAAAUACUCUUCUUCGGCCCUGACGAGAACACCGCCGGGUUUAUGGACUUGGGGGCUUAUAGGGCCAAGGCGCGCGGAUACCCCUACUGGAAGGCGCUAACCACGGGCAAGUCGACCAAGCUUGGCGGGGUACCUCAUGAUAAGUACGGUAUGACCACCAACUCGAUACAUGAAUAUGUGCUGCAGCUGCUGGACGCCCUUGACAUUCAGGAAUCGUCGGUGACUAAGGUCAUGACUGGUGGCCCCGACGGAGACCUCGGCUCCAACGAGAUACUCAUCUCCAAGGACAACACUAUCGCCAUCUGUGAUGGCUCCGGUGUUCUCUACGACCCGGAAGGGCUCAACAGGGAUGAGCUUACUAGAUUGGCUCGAGAGAGGAUUCCGGUCUCGAAUUUCGACCGCAGCAAAUUGUCUGCCAACCCGAAGUCUUUCUUGGUUACGGUUGAUGAUGCUGAUGUUACUCUGCCGAACGGUCAGCACUUCAAGACUGGCGUUGAGGUUCGCAAUACCUUCACUUCACUCGAGUACUGCUCGGCUGAUCUAUUCGUCCCUUGUGGAGGCCGCCCAGCUACCGUCAACAUGGGCAAUGUGCAAGACAUGUUCCAUCCUUCGACCAAGCAGCCGAAGUUCAAGUUCAUCGUUGAAGGCGCCAAUCUCUUCUUCACCGACGAUGCCCGCCGAGUUAUGGAAGAUGCUGGUGUGCAUCUCUUCAAGGAUUCAUCGACGAAUAAGGGGGGUGUCACCUCGUCAAGUUUGGAGGUGUUUGCUGCUCUCUGCAUGGCACCCAAUGAUCACGAGAAGAACCUCACUGUGAAGGAUCCGAACAGCGACCCUCCGGAGUUCUAUGAACAAUAUGCGCAGGAGAUUAUCUCGGUCAUCCGCCACAACGCGAAGAUGGAGUUCAACGCUAUUUGGACUGCCAACCAUGAAGUGAUGGCUGCCGACGGCUCUGGUUUCAUCAACAAAAUUGAUGCUAGUGCCAUGCUAUCGAGGAAGAUAAACCACUUGAAAGCCUACAUCAUGGAGGUCCUCGAGACGGAGGAGCCGGACGAUCAGUGGAUCGUUCGUGCGGUGCUAAGGCGCUGUGUACCGAGACUGCUGUUGGUGCAUUGUGGACUGGACGGUAUCUUGGAGCGCACUCCCGAGGCCUACAUCCUGGCUAUGGUCGCCACUUGGAUUGCCAACACCUUCGUCUACAAGUUUGGGCUCAACUCCAGUGAGUUUGCCUUCUAUCAGUUUAUGCGAUCGUUGGAGGAAAGCAGUGGAGGGGAGGUCACGCCUGCGAGCAUGGAGAGGCCGCGUCAUCUUGGCUCCUUCAGUCUCUGAUUAUCAUUUGAGUAAUUUCCUAUUCGUAGCGG